AAAAAAACUUGUGAUUCUGUCGUUUUAAGCGUUGUCCAGCGAGGAAACAACAUGGCUGCCGAUGAAUGAUCAGCGUAGCGUUUAGUCCCGUAACUUUUUUGUAAAGAAAACAAUUCACAGUAGUUAAUGUUAGAUAUGUUUUAAUAUUGUCAUGAACAUAUUGUAUGUUUAUGUAUAAUUUCCUAUAAGCGGAGCAGUUUAUCAUUUCUUAAGCGUGUGCAUCCUGAUCCCGACGGUGUGUGUUUCCAGUGAUUUUUGGACUGGAAUGGCGGCGAUCGCAGCUAAACGCGAGGGCCCGCAGUUCAUCAGCGAGGUCGCGGUGCGAGGGAACGCCGCGGUGCUGGAGUACUGCCGGACCUCGGUGUCCGCUCUGUCCGGGGCCACAGCGGGCAUCCUGGGACUCACAGGCUUGUACGGGUUCAUCUUCUACUUCCUGGCGUCCUUCCUGCUGUCCGUGCUGCUCAUCCUGAAAGCUGGCCGGCAGUGGAACAAGUGCUUCAAGUCCAGACGUCUGCUCUUUACCGGAGGUCUCGUGGGCGGCUUGUUCACCUACGUGCUCUUCUGGACUUUCCUGUACGGGAUGGUGCAUGUGUACUGAAGAGCUAACUCGAGAUGUGCACAUUUCUGUUCAAAUCUCUAGGCAUGAUGAUAAUUUUAAUCUAACGUUUUCCUUUUUUUUGUAUCUCAUUGCACUGAACUGAUUCCGACAGGAAGUGACCCACUUACCUGGGCUUCAAGGUGAAGCUGUUAACCCGAGAUCUGUUUUAUUUAUUCAUUCUUUCAUUCAUUCAUCUUCAGCUUUGUCAGGGUUGCGGUAGAUCUCAAGCCCAUCUCGAGGAUCCGUCCGAAACAGGACACAAUGAGUGCACAAACACGCACAUUCACACGUGUUUUAUAGUCAGUCCACCUACUGGCAUGUUCUUGGGCGGUUGGAGGAGAGCAGAGAACCUGGAUGAAACACACACACACAAUGAGCUCAGGAUUAAUCCUGGAGCUGUGAGACAGUAAUACCUCCUGCCGUGCCACCUUGAUACAAGAUGUGUGUCACGAUUUCGCUAACAAGUCUUUAGCUUUAGAAAUGUAAUCAGCAUUAAAUAACUCUCAAUGGGGACAUUUUUUGAAUGAUUCUGUGGACAGGUACACUUCUGGUUUUUUUCUUGUACAUGCAGAACAACCUAAAGAUCUCUUCAGGCUGUGUCUCUUUUCUCUAAGUGAUGAACACAAAGGAAAGUGUUGACAGCUUUUAGACAAUAAAUACAAUACUCAGAAAGGGCAAUCUGUCAUGCUGAUCUGUUGUUUAUAUCCAGUAGUUUGAAAUUUAGCAUACUUGUAUUAGACAUCUUUAUUUUCUGGAGAAAAAAGAAACCAAUCCUCAUCCCAUUAUGAGAAAUAACAAUUUUUAGAGAAAAAUAAUCUAACAAUUAUUGACUUGUGUGGCAUUGUGCAUGGAUAUUUCUGUGGUUUCUUCUAAAUAAAUUAAUAAAUCACUCAUGA